UGCUGAAGUCCGGUAGUUGCUAAAUUAUAAUUCGGCAUUUUAUUAUUCCACACAAGAUGUCUUCGCUUUUUAUGCUGGACACAAAGGGUGAUCAACAGCUACUUGGUGAAGCCAAGAGCUCUGUCCCACUCUAUAGCAAUGUAUUUCAUGAAAAGGAUUUACUGAGUGAAGCAGAAACAAACCACAAUGUUGGUCAGAAUGCAGAUGAUGGCGCUUUAGAAUUUUUUUGGGUUAAAUUAUCAAGCAAAGAUAUUAGCCAAGCUGUCGCCUCCGUGCAAACCGCAGCCAGCAAGAAAACUUCAAAAGUGGCCCUGGAACUGGCCGCAGUUUCUGAGCAAUUAAACGUGGCUUUGCAAACUGAUAAUACAUACACACGCAAUACACCACAAAACCGUAGGCGUGGUGCCGCUGGCGCAGUCGACACCAGUGGCUUCAAUGAGGAAACUGGCAAGAUGGAAGAGGAGUUGGAUUUGCGUGAAUCGCUUGUGAAGCAACACAUGCAAAACACGCGACACGUGCCGGGCUUUGAACAGAUAAAAGCUCUACCCAGAGUUCCCAUACGGAAACAGCGUAUAUUAAAUCGAGCGGAGAGAGCAAAAACCAAGGGUAGUGGCUGGUUUGAUCUGCCCGCCACCGAAGUAAAUCAAGAGAUGAGAAACGAGCUGAAGAUCAUACAAAUGCGUUCUGUCCUAGAUCCUAAACAUUUCUACAAGAAGAACGAUCUGAAAGUGCUGCCCAAGUAUUUCCAAAUUGGCACUGUCCAGCACUCGCCUCUGGAUCACUACAGCGAAAGAAAUACUCGAAAGAGCAAGAAGACGUUGGUUGAUGAGCUGCUAGAGGAUGAGGCGUUCCAGAAGUUCAACAAACGAAAAUACAAUGAAGUACUUCAACGUACAAACAAAUACGCUCAUCGCAAGGCUAUGAAGAAAAUGAAGAAAUUAAAGAAACAUAAAUAAUGCAACUGGUAAUAUAUA